CACCCAGAGCUGCAAAUUAAGCUAUUGUUUAGGGGUAUACCCAAUAUAUACAAGGAAUAAGGUAUUCUUGAGUGUUUUCAUUUUUUGACUUUGCAGACUCCUCAAUUUAAUUUGUGAAUUCUUGUAUGUCUGUUGUGGUGAUUUAGGACAUACCCCAAACAAUACCUUUCAACUGGUAUAUUACUUGUGGUUUUUCAAUCUACUGUAAUCAUUUUAGAAAAAUAAAGUUUUUCUCUGGGGCUUAGCACUACAUUUAGUAAGAAAAUAAAAUAAUGUGGACUCAUAUAUGAUCACAGGUUUACAUGUUCAUGGAGGGUUGCACAGGGGUCUUCUUGUUUUAUUUUCUGUGAAAGGAGAAUUUAAGAAAUUAUUCUUUGUGUUCCAUGACUUGAAGGUUUUGCAUGAACCGUGAAGAAUUUUACCACUCUAUUCUAUGUGAUUUUGAGAUGUGAGUCCUCCGAAAGAGUACAAAUGGUUAGAGUCGUCUAUCGAGAGUGAUUUAGGUGUGCAAUUUGCAAUAUGGAGCCUUAAUUUAGUCUUUCAUGAUUUUGCUUUCUUUAAACUCUUUUUCUAGCGUAAGAGCAGGUCAUUAAAAAGAGUACCUUUCUUACUUAUGUUCGUGAUUCGGGAAAAUGAAAUUUUGAUAUCUGUGAUCUGUGAUUUGCUAUUUUUCCAUUCGUGAACAAUGCCAGAGACUCCCCUGUACAACCCUGUUCAUGUGUUAGUGCAUAUAUGUAAAAUCUUCAUGUUGGCUGUAUGUUGCUGAUGCUUAGUACAUAAUUUCUUUCUUUAACACAUAUUUAAUUUGUUUCUGUUUAAAUAAUUAUGUCGAUGCAGGUGAAGAAAAAACUCAAAGAUCUACCAGACAGUGGUGGGGCUGAGAGAAAUGAACUUGAAUCAUUGGUCAAUUCAUUGGAUGAAUUCUCUGCUGCAUUAAUUCACCCAUUAAAGUCAGACCAUGAUUCCAGGGGCAUAUUCAGAAGUUGCUUGGAUGGCAUUAUGGAGAAAGCCAUUGAUACAGAGCAUAAAAAGUUUAUCUCUCAUCCUGUGAUGUACAACUUACUUGAAUCCAAAUGGUAUGGUUCCUUUGCCUCCAUCAGAAAAGGAUCUUGGACAAGCUCUAGCUACUGGAAAUAUAUCUUUCUUAAUGUCUUGGCUGUAUUUGAUUUCAUUUUAUUCCCUUUCCUUUUGGCAUUUUUCUUCAUCAUCCGUCAAAUAAAAAUUCAUGGAAGGAAGAAAACAGAAAGGGAGGUGUGUUUUGUUCUGUCAUUGUCCAAAGCUGUCAAAGAAGAAGUAUUUUCUCUGAUUAAGAGGACAAUCAGUUACACAGUCCAUCAAUAUGGCUGCAACUCUGCCAACUACUGUGUCAUUCUGUGUCAAGGCAAUGGAGAACACAAUACUUCUAUGAGCAUCACCUUUGAAGAGGAUUGUCUAAGUGAGACUGAAACGAUUGAAAGAAUAAAUGGAUUUAAAAAGUCCAGUUCAACAUCCUCGCAGCUUCAUGAUGACCUUCGUGUUGCUUGUAAUGCUUUCAAAAACUCCUGUGUACGCAUUGAAAGCAAGAAGGCACUUAUAGUGUUUGUUGAUGACCUGACUAAUGUGCCUGGAGUUUGUGAACAAGUGAAGGAGAUCAAGGAAAUGGGUGUUAAAGUUGUCACUGUUGGUUUUGGUGAAAAAGCGAAACAGUCACAACUGGAAGAGAUUAUGGAGGAAAAUGCCCUUCAUUUUGAAGAAUUUGAGCUUGCAAGGACAGUGGGAACAGCCAUUAUACAAGGCUUGGAGGGAAAAGACAUAUAUGAUUUGAAAAACAGACUAAAGUGCAAGCUGUACCCUUACAAGUUCUAUCCUCAUAUGGGCACAGAGCUUUAUAUGGACUACUUCACAACUCCGUACUUCCUGUUUUUUCGUGAGACACUGAGUUCUGUUGUCCUUCUUGGCCUUCUCUUUGUCAUUUGCCUCAUGCCUUCAACUCUAACCAUAAGUGAACUAGAAUGCGUCAUACUGCUGUUUUUUCUUGGACGCGUUGUACUGGAGGUUGACAAGGUUAUGGUUGCUGUAAAGGCUGGGAGAAGAGCAACAAGAAGGCGCAGCAGAUUACUCCUCAGCGCUACCCAUGAAGAGGGUUUAUAUAUCAAGCAGGAUGCAGACUCAUCAGGCCAAACUGUCCUGCUAAGAAAAUUUGCCAACUACCUCAGUGAUUGCUGGAAUAUGUUGGACUUGAUCAUUGUCUCUAUCUAUGUCAUCACAUUCAUUCUGCACAUGAUCACAUGGGUUGUAUCUAUGUCAGUGUCUGGCAACAGAUCCUUGGCUGUGGCUGGCUAUUUGUACGGUUUUAUCGCCCUGCUUCUGACGCUCCGAGCCUUUGGUCGUGUGAUGGAAGUUGCUAGAGGAAUGGGUACCAUACAAAUUGCUGUUUUUGAGAUUUUGAGAGAUUUGAGGGCAAUAUUUUGGUUGUUUAUCUCAACUAUUCUGGGUUUCUCGCUGGCAAUGACAAAGAUUUAUGUUGUGGAAGCAUCAUACAGUUCCUAUAAUGGCUCCCACAAGCAUCUGUAAGUACUGUCAAGCUUUUUAUAAACCACUCUUAUUUUCAAGUUCAUCAAGCUUACAUGUAUCUGUUGUCAAGUAUGUUUCCUUUUCACUUACAUAUAUGAAAGAUGUCUUGAUAAUUGUUGAAUAUUAAUACCAUUAAUAUGAAUCUAGACAUGACAACCACUCAUUAGUUUCACAGCUGGGUUCAGGCAAAGGUCACAGCCUAAUUUUAGUCGAUUGAGCAACUUUAUAGCAAAGUCAUGAGACUAUAGCAAGCCAGUAAAAUUCCACCACGUACUUUAGAGUAAAAUAACUGUAGUAUUGCUCAAUACCUAGUAUGUAACCUAGUUUCAGAUCUAGCGUGCAUCAGUAUCAUUCUAGCAAUAGUGCAAUAGCUAUCUAUUUAAUUCGUGCUUUUCAAGUUAAUAGCAUUAGCUUUCCCGCCCACCCACUUCCAUGGGCAGUAAUGAUUUUCGUUGUGUUAUAAUCUUUGUAAUUUAUUUAUUUAUAAUUAUCUUGUACAGGCUCUCGAUGGGCUUCUAGUUUUAUCGAAGUUUAUUUGAAGAUUGUAAUUAGCAGAAUCAUUUUCUGUGUUGCUUGUAUGUGUAGGAUUAAAAUAAACUGCCUGAUCCCAAUCACGUAGUUCAAGAGUGAGUUUCCGUGUUUUAGGUUGAAUUUUAGUGUGCAAAUGCAUGAAAGAGAGAGAGGAAUCUAUGAAGGUUAAAAUAUAGUCUAGUUGAAAGUUUUUCCAUUAUUCCUACAUCAUUAGGUUCAAUAAGAGAGGAUGAAGGUGAGAGAGUCAGUAACCUAUAUAAGCUUUAUUCUCAAGGUAGUCUCUCUUGAUUACAAGUUAUUUUUAGAAAUGUAAUCCAGUCCUCCGGUGGAUGUGUUUGGUGGAUGCUGA